AUGGAUUCCAGCAACGAUGACACUCUGGACAUCAUCGUCACCAACGUGGUGGCGACCUUCCGUACCAGGUGCCACCUCAACCUGCGCACCAUCGCCCUGGAAGGAACCAACGUCAUCUACAAGCCGGAGGUGGGGAAAGUCCUCAUGAAGCUUCGGAAGCCCAAGAUCACCGCAUCCAUUUGGUCCUCAGGGAAAAUUAUUUGCACUGGUGCAACGAGUGAAGAAGAGGCGAAGCUAGGCGCCCGUAGGUUGGCCAGAUGUCUGCAGAAAAUUGGCUUUAAGGUGCGCUUUUCUGCCUUCAAGGUCGUGAACGUGCUGGCCGUCUGCUCCAUGCCCUUUGCUAUCCAUCUGGUGGAUUUCACCAAGAAGAACCGGCCUAUUGCCAGUUAUGAGCCGGAGCUCCACCCCGCCGCCACUUAUAGGAUCAAAACCAUAAGAGCCACCAUCCAGGUGUUCUCCACGGGCAGCCUCACAGUCACAGGACCAAACGUGCAGAACGUGGCCACGGCCGUGGAGCAGGUCUACCCGCUCCUCUUUGAGUGCAAGAAACCGCUCUGCAAGUGA